AUGGAACAUCCAGCGUUCGCUGACGCGGGAAGCGGCCCAGGAAUCGAAGUGUGGACUAUCGAGAAUUUCGAACCGGUGCCUCUUGAGAAGAAAAUGUACGGAAAAUUCUAUAAUGGCGACUCCUACAUCGUACUUAAGACAUCUGGCGAGCACAAUUUUUCCUACGACGCCCAUUUCUGGAUAGGCAGCAAUACUACUCAAGACAAAAAGGGUUCGGCAGCGAUAUGGACUGUGACCUUGGACGACAUGCUUGGUGGGAAGGCGGUGCAUCAUCGCGAAGUGCAAGGUCACGAGUCCAAUCAGUUUCUCGGAUAUUUCCAGCCCGCGAUUCGCUACUUGGAAGGCGGCAACGAGUCCGGGUUCAAUGCCGUGGAGACGAAUGCUGGCGCCGAGAAACGACUGCUAAGGCUGUCUGGUUGUGACAACAUGAGAAUUGAAGAGGUUCCUCCGGAUUCCACUUCACUGACAAAGAACCACUGCUUCAUCCUGGAAGUAGACCAUGAUAUCUUCGUGUUGAUGCCUGAAGGCGCUAAAGCAACACAGAGGAGGAAAAUCAUCAGCGUUGCCAACACACUGAGAGACGACUAUCACAAUGGAAGAGCGACUAUUGAGAUUAUAGAUGAAUUUUCAUCCGACGAUGACGUAGCUGUGUUCUUCGAAGCACUCGGAUCAGGCUCUAAAGACGAUCUGGUUGAGGACGAUUCGACACAGCAGACAUACGCCAGAGAGGACAUAUCGGCUGUGUAUCUGUACCGCGUGCUGAUUGGUGACGAACUCGACUUGAUCUCGCUGAGUAAACCUUACAAACAAAGCCAGCUGUCUUCUGCCGAGGUGUACAUCCUGGAUACUCCUUGCACCGGUGUGUACGUGUGGCUCGGGAAUGAGUUGGACGCAGACAUCAAGAAGGACUAUAACGACAUUGUCCAGAAAUAUCUGGACUUGAAGGGUUAUCCGUCAUGGGUGAAUGUUACCAGGGUGACAGAGGGUAACGAGAGUUGCAACUUCAAGCAGUACUUCCACAAUUGGGACACUUUGAACGCUACGUCAAUUCAUGGGCUGCUUUCAGAAACAGAUGCGGGAUACUUCUCGAGUGACGCCGACGAGUCUGGUGCUGCGGCGAAACUGAUUGGAAAAAGUGCGACAGCCAGGGGCUUUAUGCCAGACCAGGGAGAAGGGACCUUCACUGUAACUCGUGUGUCCAGUGACGAGGAAGAUGUCACGGAGAGGAUUGCUGAGAGGCCGGUGCUGUACCAGAACGACGUGUAUACAAUUAAGUACCAGUAUAGUGACAGCAACGGAGAAGACGCUUUUGUUGUCUACGUGUGGAUGGGAACUGACGCCGAACCAACAGACAAGCAAGCAGGCUUAGAUCUAGCCUCGCAAAUCGAGCAGGAGUCGGAAGCCGGCGUGACCGUGGUGAAAGUGCCACAAGGAAAGGAGCCCAAGCAUUUCUUAAGUAUUUUCAAAGGAAACUUGGCUAUAUUUUACGGAAGCAAAGACAAUAACUACAAGGAAGAGAAUUCUAAGAAAUCCUUUGAUGAUGACGGCAUACGUCUUUUUAGGGUCGAAGGCACAGAACUAGGCGUAGACAUGCGUACCACUCAAGUUCCUGAAUCGGCCGACGUUCUAGAAGACGACGACGUGUACAUUCUAGAAACACCCGAAACCAUCUACGUGUGGCAUGGAAAGGAAUCUCUACCUGAAGAGCAAGAGACAGCUAUGGCCUUCGUGAAGGAAGUGUUCGGUGAAGACAAAGAAAUCGUUACUUUAGAGCAAGGGGAAGAAACUGAUGAGUUCUGGGAAUCGUUGGGUGGCGUUCCAGAAGAAAAAGAAGAUGCGGCGGGCUGGCGACUGGUGGUGAACAGGCGCAUGACUACACCGCAUACCCUCACAGCUGUCACUGUAAGUGUGACUGGGAAGAUUGGCUUCGAAGAUUUGCCACCCGACUUCACACAACAGGAUUUGUCCGACGAUGGCGUGUAUAUUUUGGACGCAGGUGAGGAACUGUACUUCUGGCGCGGGAAGAAUACACCAGAAAGGGUCAAGAUGGCGAAGAAUGAAAUCAUUCAGGAGUACAUAGCUGACGAUGGACUUGGCAGGACAGUCGACACGGCUAUCGUAAUGUCUGUGAAACAAGGCAAAGAGCCGGUUGUAUUCAAGAAACUGUUUCCCAGUUGGGAAGAUGACAUGUGGGAAAACCAAACAUCCUACGAGGACAUCAAGAACAAGACAAAAGCAGCUAAUUCUAACUAA